CCGUUUGACAUCUGUGUGAAUAAAAACAGGACCAUGGAAAAGAGCAAGACACAGAGCAACUUAAAAGUAGAGGUGCAAAGUCCUAAAGGGAGGAGGAUUGUGACUUGUAACCUCUAAUAUUAAUAGUUAAUUAAUAGCGCAUGCGACGAUGCAGCAGAAGUGUCGGGACAUGAAGCAGCUGGAGACGGGACUGCACUGGGCCACCGGGGUCCUCAUCCUGAUGCUCUGGCUCCAGGGCUCACUGCGCGUCGCCGAGGCAGCACAUAUUCAGAACCAGUCAGACGGCCAGGAUAUCCAAGCAUGUGUUCAGACAGUCCACCAGCCACGGACGAAUAAUAGACAUGUUCGAAACUCAGUGCAUCUUCAGCCUGUGAAAACCAAUGGAGUGGCUCCAAUUUCACAUUCAGAUGCCAUUUUCAUUUGGGAGCUGCACCAUAGCACUAAAAGCAUAUUCAAACUGGAGGACAACAGCAAAUCCCUUGUUGUGCCAAAGAAGGGCCUAUACUUUGUGAAUCUAAAAAUGUACUACUAUAUACCUACUGGACAUGCAUGUAAAGAUAAUUUGAAUUUGAGUACCCGUGUUCAGUUGCACCAUUCUUCUUACCCUGUGUGGAUAGAUGUCAUAAAGGGCACGGACACGAUGCAAUGUGUGGUUCACUGGCGUCAGUCUUUUACUUUAAGUCAAGUGGUCAAGCUUGAGAAAGGAACAAAGCUAAGAGUUAUCAUAGAUCCAAGUAACUAUGGUUAUGUAAUCAAGGACGUGAGCACUUACUUCACUGUCACUCUCUUGUAGUGUGGUUUCUACUUUAAAUUUGAACCCAUGUGUUGGUGUUAGCAUUGUGUAAUGUUGGGUAAUGUUGUAUAAAAUAAAUGCUUUUAAAACACGUAUAUGUAAAUCACAGAGCAAGAAGGAACUUUUAAAAUAUAUGAUAUUUGUAUGGAUGUAUCUUGCUUGUUCAAGUUUUCAGAACUACAAAGUAGAAAUUCUUGUUAAAUUCCACAAUAUGUUUCCAUAAGGAAUUAUUAUUAUUAUACUGAAUAUCAUAUAUUGAAUAAAAAGUAAGGCCUUAUUAGUC